AUGCAACCAGUGGGGACGGAUGAGGAGAGUGCAGGUUGGUGUUGCAGGCACUUGUUAGCCAGUCUCUGUGUGACGGAUUCGCAGGUGACCGACCAGGUCGAUGCGCAAGGUGAAUAUAGGGGAACAGUGUGGACAUGAGAAGUCGACGGUAUCAAUGUCAUAUUUUGUGAUGGUGGUCUGGUGGUGGGCGCGCAGGGCGACGAGGUUCAGGUUGGGCAGGCUAUAUUGGUCGGACAACUAGUCAUCUAUACAAACGGAUGCAAGAACACCAUCCUGCCUGGCUGAAUAAACAUGGGGGAACGUCCAUCUCUAGCGCAACCGAGGCUCACUUGGAUGAGAGCGACCACCGGGUAGUCGUCAACCAUGCAUUCCAAGUCAUCUAUAAAGUUGUAGCGAGACACUCCAAGUUCCCGCGUCAGCGAAUGCUUGUGGGGACAGAGGUAAUGGCCAUACGGUUAGUCGACCCGGCUAUUUUCUCGCGUAAGGCGUCCGUACAAACUCUUAGGUUCCCCUGUGCAAAGGCAAACCAAGCAUAUGUGUUCACGCCCGCCACGUCGCGUUACAACGAUGAAAAAGGGACAGUUAAUCGCCAGACACCUUCGCCCUACCACUCUCUAAGCUUCAGACAGAAGUAGAAUCUGACCACUGACCUCUGAAUGUCCCUCAGCCCUCUCUCCCAUAUUGAAAUUUUUCGGUUGUCUUACGUUUGCUAUUCUGCCCUCCCUUAUAUUGCUCUACAGGCCUGAUGAUGAAUAAUCGAAAACGUACGUUUGGCGCACUUGACUUCUUAAAGGUCUAAAUGGGUAUCAUGGAGGAAAUUUUUAAUUUCCAAAAUAACGGGUGUAACAAUUGAUCCUACUGCUGUUUUUGCAUAUGAAUAGGGAGCUCAAGGGCGACAGCCUCGUUCUCUUACUAAACUGACUAACUUGCCGUAUAGGGCACUAGCUUCCUUCGAGCGCGGGCAAAGGCCUACAGGGACGGGGCAUUACCGAACGUCUUAUCCCGUAAAGUCUGAAGCCGCCUCAGGCAACAGUUUGCUUUGGGACGAAAUCAACGAACGCAAUGCGCGCAAUACUUUUACUUAACCGAUAGAAGCGAACAGGCGAGUUCCAGGUAGCAGUUGAGAAGAUGAAGAUGCGAUCGCACCGGUGAUCGCAUCUUCAUCUUCUGAACUUUUACUUUACCAAUGCCUACUUUUUGACCAAUCAGCAGUCCCCACAGCACUAUAGCGCGUUUAAGGUGUUUGCGUGUUCAGCUGUCGCAGUGGUGCUUUAGCAAUGCCUGCGGCGGGUCGCUUCGUGUGGGGCUUAUUCCUUCUCUACGUAUCUUGUAAGUUAUUUUGAGAGUUCAUUCGCCAGUUGCCUUUGUUCAUGUGUUAUGUGAUAUUUCAGAACCCGACUUAUCCGAUGCCAAGUCAUCCUCGGGCACAAGAGCAGAUGAACCAGAAGAGUAUGUCUGUUAUUUUUGCAGCUUACUUGACCUAGUCUUGAAUAUGAAUCGCUGAGACAGUCUGUGAAAAAUGCUGAGAAGCAAGGGUUUGAGACGAAUGUAGAUAGAAUGAUGAAGUUGAUUAUUAACUCCCUUUACAAAAACAAUGACGUAAGAUUUCGUUUGUCCAUUUAUCUAAUUAUUUAGAUAUUCCUACGUGAGCAAAUAUCCAAUGCUGUGGACGCCCUCGAAAAAAUACGUUUUCUCUCUCUUACCGACUCGAGCGUCCUUGGGCCACUGUCUGACCUUUAUAUUCGCAUUAAAGUCAAUGAAAAGGAAAAAACUAUCUCUAUUAGAGAUACAGGAAUAGGCAUGACACAAGACGAGUUGAAGAACAACCUUGGCACAAUAGCAAAGUCUGGGACUGCCGAUUUCAUGAAAGAAAUGGAAAAAGUUGAUAAUCAGACAUCCCUGACCGACUUGAUCGGUCAAUUUGGCGUCGGGUUCUAUUCCGCCUUCAUAGGUGAGAAUUGCCACUUCAGUACUUACGCAUCUAUUAGUUGCCGACCGUGUCACCGUCGUGUCAAAAAGCCCCAGAGACAAGCAACAUAUAUGGGAGUCGGAUUCAAACUCUUUCCAAAUUGUGGAGGAUCCACGAGGGGACACUUUGGUGCGCGGGACUGAAAUCAUUUUGCAUAUAAGGGAGGAAUCGCGCGAUUACCUGCAACUCGCAAAUUUGAAAAAGGUCGUCAAUAAGUACAGUCAAUUCGUCACAUUCCCCAUCUAUCUGUGGGACAGCCGAACCGAACAGGUGACUGAGGAGUCCGAAGAGGAGAAACCUGCCGAGACAUCUGAUGACGUAACGGUAUGCCGACAGUUAUUUUUUUGAACUUGCACUAGGUCGAAGAGGAUACUAAGGAGAAGGAGAAGAAGAAGGUGGAGAAAACUGUUUGGGAUUGGGUUCAGGUUAACAAACAGAAACCUCUGUGGACGCGAAAACCAUCCGAAGUAGCAGAAGAGGAGUACAUUGCACUGUUCAAAGCUUUCACUAGCGACUAUCAGGAGCUUCUGGCGAAAGUCCACUUCGAGGCUGAAGGCGAAGUGUCCUUCAAAUCAAUCUUGUUUAUACCUAAAAAGGCGCGAUUCGAUCUGUAUCAGGGAAACAAGCCUAUUACGGACAAUAUUAAGGUAACCCGUUUCUAUAUUAUUCAUGGUGUAGCUGUAUGUACGUCGUGUCUUCAUAACAAAUAAUAUGGAGGAAAUGCUCCCACGCUAUCUGGCAUUUGUUUAUGGAGUCGUCGACAGCGAUAAUCUACCUCUAAACGUCUCACGUGAAACCCUACAACAGAGCAAGCUUCUAAAGCUCAUAAAGAAGAAACUUGUUCGUAAAAUAAUAGAUAUGCUCUCUAAACUCCCCAAAAAAGACUAUGAGGAGUUUUGGAAGCAGUAUUCGGUUUCAAUCAAAUUGGGUAUCUUGGAAGAUCAGCCUAACAAGUCCAAACUUACGGACCUUCUGAGGUUCCGUACAUCGCACUCGGAAACCGACUUGUCAUCGUUUAGCGAUUACAUAAGUCGUAUGAAAGAGAAGCAAGACACCAUCUACUAUGUUGGUGGCUCGAGCACUGAAGACGCUCAAAAGUCACCUUUCGUUGAAAAGGCCCUUCGCAAAGGUUACGAAGUGAUUUAUAUGACGGAACCCAUGGACGAAUUUGUUAUGCAGGCACUGACGGAGGUUAAAUCGAAAAAGCUUCAAAAUCUAGCGAAGGAAGGUGUAAAACUUGAUGAAAGUGAAGACGCCAAACAGAAAUUCGAGGAACAGAAGACGACUUUCGCCCCUCUAACAAAGUGGUUGAAGGAUACUGCACUGGAAGGACUCAUUAAGGAAGCCACAGUAUCUCAGCGACUUCAUGACAGCCCAUGUGCAUUGGUGGCUGAUCAGUAUUCGUGGUCAGGAAACUUCGAAAGAAUUAUGACUAAUCAGGCAUUCCAGUCUGCGGACAGGACAACAACGGAGUAUUACAUGUCACAAAAGAAAACUCUUGAAAUCAAUCCGCAUCACCCUCUCAUGAAAGAACUCCUUGAACGAGUCCAGGUUGACCAGAAUGACGAGAAGGCUAAGGAAAACGCACUACUUCUUUUCGAAACGGCCACAAUUCGCUCUGGAUAUCAACUUAAGGAUCCAGCUGCAUUUGUUGGACGCGUCGAGCGGAUCAUGCGAAAGAAUUUGGGCGUCGACCUGGAUGAGCCUGUCGAAGCCGAUGACGAGGAUGCUCUCUCUGCUAAUGAUAAAGAGCAAUUGCAGCCGGCCACGGACUUUCAGACUGAAUCCACGGAGGACUCCGAACAUGUGAGUUUGUACACUGCGUUUCCUUAGGUUGAUAUGUUACAUGCUUGUGCCAAAUGAGUUACGGUGCACUUAUGUUGUAGCAAAUAAAUUGCUUAGCAUACUAAAAUCGCUAAAGCCCAAGGCAAAAUUCACUUUAGAGGGAUGGCAGGAACGCCAGUAGUUUUUACCGUAUAAAGAAGCGGUGGUGGACAGUUCGAGCAAAGAACACACGCCGGUCAGCAAGGCUUUCUCGUGGGUGUGUCAAAAUAAGCCACUAAGAAUGCAAUCGGCGUCAGGAGGGAUAAACAGUCUUGGUGCAAGUUCUGACUUGUUAGCACAUUUGAGCUCUCUAAAACUAGGUAGAUUCCAUCGCCCAUCAGGUAGAUGCCCUAGUAAAUGACUUUUUCCUGGAGAAAUGAGGUUCGCCGUAAGAUGUCAUUUAUUCCAGUAUUUUUCUAUUUGAUUGGCCUUCAUUUCCUAAAAUGCCCACUUAUUUCUCCUUUUUCAACAGACUUCGUCGCAUGCUAAGGAGGAACUGUAA